GCCGCGACCUCAACGAGGAACACAAACCAGAGAUCCAAAAGAAUCCGUCGAGGCCACAGAUUGUUCCAGAGUUUUUGUUUUCCUCUUCUCCCCUUCGCGUUAGCGAGCAUGUGUCCCGGAGGCAGAUACGCGGGCCUCGACGUCCCCGCCUGCGCGGCGGCGGGAGACCUGAGGCCGGCGUUCGACGUGCUGGACGCGGACCGCGACGGUCGCAUCAGCCGGGAGGACCUCAAGUCGUUCUACGCCAGCGGCGCGGCCACCAGCGAGCGGUUCGACGACGAGGACAUCGCCGCCAUGAUCGCCGCAGCCGACGUGGACAACGACGGGUUCGUGCAGUACGACGAGUUCGAGCGCCUGCUGGGGCGCGCCGCCGCGGGGGCGGGGUGCCGGCCCGCGAUGGAGGACGUGCUCCGGGUGAUGGACCGCGACGGGGACGGCAAGGUGGGGUUCGACGACCUCAAGGCGUACCUCGGCUGGGCCGGGAUGCCGGCGGCCGACGAGGAGAUCCGCGCCAUGAUACGCGUGGCCGGCGGCGGCGACGGCGAUGGUUGCGUGGGGCUCGAGGAGCUCGCCAUCGUCCUCGGCUGCUCGCCCACAAAUUGGACCGCAUCUUCUCAAACUCUGCAUUGAUGCAUUGAUUGGGAGACUUCAAUUUGUUGGUUGGUGGUGUUGUGGUGAUGUGAUUGUUGAGCGAUUUUCGAGUUUCGAGAAGCGUGAGGGAUGUUUAAUUGGGCGUAACUGCUCCCGAAAAUAGGGGUAUUAAAAACUCCCCGAUGCAGCUUCUUCCAUAGAAAAAAGUUGAAAAGUUUGUAUUGAAGCUGAGCAUCGAUGGUGUGAGUUGGGGGUAGGUUUUAUUUGGAACUAAUGAGAUGUUUCUUUUCUCAAUCCUUUUUUAAGCAAGUUUCUUUUUCAAUCUGAACCGAAAAUUUGUGUAA